GUAGUGCUGUCAUUCGUGUCAGUAGCAGUCGUCAUUUUAUACGUGUCGUGCCGCCGCGAUACACGGUUAAAGAGCCGGUCGGUUUCAACAACGUGUUGUGUGUAGUGUCGGUCUUUGCGACCGUUUAAUGUGGUAUACAGUGCCGGUGUUAGGUUAUCGUAAGGGUCGCGCGGCGUGAUUGGGCGCGAUGGUGGAUAUGGAUAGAAACGACCCAGAACUCCGCUACCUGUCGGUGGAUCGGAACAGUUUCAAUGAUCCGGCGACACAGGCGGAGUGGACUCAGAAGCGUUUGGUGUGGGUCCCGCAUGAGACCCAGGGGUUCGUGGCCGCGGGGAUCAAAGGCGAGCGCGGAGAUGAGGUGGAAGUCGAGAUCGCGGAGUCGGGGAAGCGGAUGCUGGUGCAGAUUGAUGAUAUACAGAAGAUGAAUCCGCCCAAGUUCGACAAGGUGGAGGAUAUGGCGGAGCUGACCUGCCUGAACGAGGCAUCAGUGCUACACAACAUCAAGGAUCGAUAUUAUUCUGGCCUCAUUUAUACGUACUCGGGGCUCUUCUGCGUGGUGGUGAACCCGUACAAGAAACUGCCGAUCUACACAGAGAAGAUAAUGGAGAGGUACAAAGGGAUCAAGCGGCAUGAAGUACCUCCCCAUGUGUUCGCCAUCACGGAUACCGCGUACCGUUCCAUGUUGCAAGAUCGCGAGGACCAAUCCAUCUUAUGUACAGGAGAGUCAGGUGCUGGUAAGACUGAAAACACAAAAAAGGUCAUCCAGUACCUCGCGUAUGUGGCCGCUUCUAAACCAAAAGGAUCGGGAGCGGGGCCGACGCCACAGUUGAUUAUAGGUGAAUUAGAACAACAGUUGCUGCAAGCCAACCCCAUAUUAGAAGCUUUUGGUAACGCCAAAACAGUCAAAAACGACAACUCGUCACGUUUUGGUAAAUUCAUAAGAAUAAAUUUUGACGCGUCAGGUUUUAUAGCAGGUGCCAAUAUAGAAACCUAUUUAUUAGAAAAGUCAAGAGCUAUAAGACAAGCGAAGGACGAGAGAACAUUCCAUAUCUUCUACCAGCUCCUAGCUGGUGCCACACCACAACAAAGAGCAGAAUAUAUAUUAGAAGACCCCAAAAGCUACUUCUUCCUGAUAAAUGGGGCCUUACCCGUACCAGGAAUUGAUGAUGCCGCAGAGUUCCAGGCGACGAUCAAAUCGAUGAACAUCAUGGGCAUGAACAUGGAAGACUUCAAUUCGAUAUUCAAAAUUGUGUCUGCCGUACUUUUGUUCGGUUCGAUGCAAUUUAAGCAAGAAAGAAAUUCAGACCAGGCCACCCUUCCAGACAACACAGUCGCUCAAAAGAUCGCACACUUGCUUGGUCUUUCCGUCACGGAUAUGACAAAAGCUUUCUUGAAGCCGAGGAUCAAAGUCGGUCGCGAUUUCGUUACGAAAGCACAAACGAAAGAGCAAGUCGAGUUUUCAGUUGAAGCAAUCAGUAAAGCCUGCUACGAAAGGCUUUUCAGAUGGCUUGUUAAUAGAAUUAACAGGUCACUUGACAGAACUAAGAGACAAGGUGCUUCCUUCAUCGGCAUACUCGAUAUGGCCGGUUUUGAAAUAUUCGAAUUGAACUCCUUCGAACAAUUGUGCAUCAAUUACACAAAUGAAAAACUUCAACAGCUCUUCAAUCACACUAUGUUCAUUUUGGAACAAGAAGAGUAUCAGAGAGAAGGUAUCGAAUGGAAAUUCAUUGACUUCGGUCUCGAUUUGCAACCGACAAUCGACUUAAUUGACAAGCCUAUGGGAAUUAUGGCUUUGCUCGAUGAAGAAUGUUGGUUCCCGAAAGCAACGGACAAAACAUUCGUGGAAAAACUUGUUUCUGCCCAUUCAGUACAUCCCAAAUUCAUGAAGACAGACUUCCGUGGAAUAGCUGACUUUGCUAUAAUCCAUUAUGCCGGUAAAGUAGAUUAUUCCGCCGCUCAGUGGCUGAUGAAGAACAUGGAUCCAUUGAACGAGAACGUCGUCUCGCUUCUGCAGUCAUCUCAAGAUCCUUUCGUGUGCCACAUCUGGAAGGACGCAGAAAUAGUCGGCAUGGCGCAACAGGCGAUGACGGACACACAAUUUGGUGCUAGAACGAGGAAGGGUAUGUUCAGAACAGUUUCACAGCUGUACAAGGAACAGCUGACGAAACUCAUGGCCACCCUCCGCAAUACGAACCCUAACUUUGUCAGGUGUAUCAUUCCGAAUCACGAAAAGAAAGCUGGUAAGAUCGAAGCGCCAUUAGUUCUUGACCAGCUCAGGUGCAAUGGUGUGUUGGAAGGUAUCAGGAUUUGCAGACAGGGCUUCCCCAACAGAAUACCAUUCCAAGAGUUCAGACAGCGAUACGAGUUAUUGACGCCAAACAUAAUUCCAAAGGGUUUCAUGGAUGGCAAGAAGGCGUGCGAGCGUAUGAUCGAGGCUUUAGAACUUGACCACAAUUUGUACCGCGUCGGUCAGUCGAAGAUAUUCUUCAGAGCUGGAGUGCUUGCUCACCUUGAAGAAGAAAGGGACUACAAGAUAACAGACUUGAUAGUGAACUUCCAAGCUUUCUGUAGAGGUUAUUUGGCGCGAAGAAAUUACCAGAAGAGAUUGCAACAGCUGAAUGCUAUCCGAAUCAUUCAGAGGAAUUGUGCCGCAUAUCUGAAGUUGAGGAAUUGGCAGUGGUGGAGAUUGUAUAUUAAGGUGAAACCUCUCCUGGAAGUGACCAAACAAGAAGAGAAGUUGACCCAGAAGGAGGAUGAGUUACGUCAGAUCCGCGACAAGCUGGACUCGCAGAUGAAGCGGUGCCAGGAGUACGAGGCCAAGUACCAGCAGGCCAGCGCUGAGAAGACGCAACUUGCAGAACAGCUGCAGGCGGAACUAGAGCUGUGCGCGGAAGCAGAGGAGAGUCGAGCUCGAGCAGCAGCUCGUAAGCAGGAGCUGGAGGAGCUGCUGCACGACCUGGAGGGGCGCAUCGAGGAGGAGGAGGAGCGGAGCAACGCGCUGCAGCAGGAGAAGAAGCGGCUCCAGCUGAAUAUACAGGAUCUAGAAGAGCAGCUGGAAGAAGAAGAAGCAGCUCGGCAGAAGCUGCAGCUGGAGCGUGUGCAAUGCGACGCGAAGCUCAAGAAGCUGGAGGAGGACCUCGCCCUCACAGAGGACACCAAUCAGAAGUUGAGCAAGGAGAAGAAGAUACUCGAAGAGCGCGCAAAUGAUCUCUCGCAAGCGCUGGCCGAGGAGGAAGAAAAGGCGAAACAUUUGAGCAAACUCAAGACGAAACAAGAGUCCGCCAUCGCGGAGUUGGAAGAGAAAUUGCUUAAGGACCAUCAAAUGAGGCAAGAGGUGGAGAGAGCCAAGCGAAAGAUGGAGACGGAAUUACAAGAUGUCAAGGAACAGCUCGUCGAGAAGAAGGCGCAGAUUGAAGAAAUACAGAUUGUUUUGGCGAAACGCGAAGAAGAACUAGCCGCCGCGAUAAGCCGUGUUGACGAAGAAAGUGCUCUCCGAGCGAGCGCACAAAAGGCCGCACGUGAGGCAGAAGCCGCACUUGCCGAGGCACAUGAUGACCUCGAGGCGGAGAGGAAUGCUAGAACUAAAGCCGAGAAACUCAGGAGAGACCUUAAUGAGGAGCUGGAGGCGCUGAAGAGCGAACUGCUCGACUCGCUUGAUACUACAGCUGCACAACAAGAACUCCGCUCCAAGCGGGAACAAGAGGUGGCAGUACUGAAGCGAAGCUUGGAAGAAGAAGCGGCAUCUCACGAGGCAUCACUGGCUGACCAGAGACACAAGCACUCGCAGGAGUUGCAGCUGCUCAACGAACAGCAUGAACAGCUCAAGAAGACUAAAGCUGCCCUUGAGAAAGCGAAAGCAACGCUAGAAGCGGAAAACGCAGACCUAGCUACAGAACUAAAGAGCGCAAGUGCGGCCCGCGCGGACGGCGAGCGGCGCCGCAAGCAGGCGGAGGCACAGCUUCAGGACCUGGCUGCUAAGCUGCAAGACGUCGAGCGGGCUAGGUCGGAAGUAUCAGAAAAGUGUGUGCGGCUGCAAAGCGAGGCGGAACAAGCGUUGGCACAGCUCGAGCAAGCUGAGCUGAAAGCUUCCGCGGCUGCGAAGCACGCGGCCACAGCCACCGCGCAGCAUGCUGAGGCGCAGGCAUUGCUAGAGGAGGAAACGAAACAGAAGCUAGCUCUACAGACCCGGUUGCGCAACGUUGAGCAACAGUUGGAGCAGGCGCGCGACCAGCUCGAGGAGGAAGAGGAGGCCAAGAGGAACUUGGAGAAGCAGGUGACAGCGCUGACCCAGCAAGUGGCGGAUGCCAAAAAGAAGGCGGAAGAAGAAGCAGAAGUUGCUGCAGCGCUUGAGGAGCAGCGCAAGAAGUUGGCCAAGGACGCGGAGGCUCUGCACCGCCAGCUGGAUGAGCUGCGGCAGGCGAACGACAAGCUGGAUAAGAGCAAAAAGAAGAUACAAGCAGAGCUGGAAGACACGAACAUUGAAUUGGAAGCACAGCGCGCCAAGGUCAUGGAGCUUGAGAAGAAACAGAAGAGUUUCGAUAAGGUGGUAGCGGAGGAGCGAAGCGUGGCGGAGCGGUACGCGGCGGAGCGGGACGCGGCCGAGCGGGACGCGCGGGACAAGGAGACGCGCGUGCUCAGCCUCACAAGGGAGCUGGACGAUGCCGCCGAGAAGAUCGAAGAGCUCGAACGCUCCAAGCGGCUGCUGCAGUCCGAGCUGGACGAGCUGGCGAACACGCAAGGCACGGCCGACAAGAACGUGCACGAGCUGGAGAAGGCCAAGCGCGCGCUCGAGUCGCAGCUGGCCGAGCUGCGCGCGCAGAACGAGGAGAUCGAGGACGACCUGCAGCUGACGGAGGACGCCAAGCUGCGGCUCGAGGUCAACAUGCAGGCCAUGCGCGCGCAGUUCGAGCGCGACCUGCAGGCCAAAGAGGAGCAGGGCGAGGAGAAGCGGCGCGGCAUCGUGAAGCAGCUGCGCGACGUGGAGGCCGAGCUGGAGGAGGAGCGCAAGCAGCGGGCGGCUGCUCUUGCGCACCGCAAGAAGCUGGAGAGCGACCUCAAGGACGCGGAGCAGGCGCUGCAUCUGGCCAACAAAGUGAAAGAGGACGCCGUGAAACAAGCGAAGAAGCUGACGGUGCAGCUGAAGGAGGCGGUGCGCGAGGCGGAGGAGGCCCGCGCGGGGCGGGAGGAGGCCGCGGGCGCGGCGCGCGAGGCGGAGCGCCGCGUCAAGGCGCUGGAGGCGGAGGCGCUGCAGCACGCGGAGGAGCUGGCGGCGGCCGAGCGGGCGCGCAGGCACGCCGAGUGCGAGCGGGACGACCGCGACGACGAGCUCACCGCCGCCGCCGCCAAGGUUACCCUCCUGGUGGACGAAAAGAAGCGACUCGAAGCGAGGAUAGCGGCGUUGGAAGAAGAUUUGGAUGAGGAGCAGUCCAACAACGAGAUACUCAACGACAGGCUCAGAAAGUCACAGAACCAAAUCGAACAGCUCACAAUGGAGCUGGGCACGGAGAAGGCGGCGACACAGAAGCUGGAGAGCGGCAAGCUGGUGCUGGAGCGGCAGAACAAGGAGCUCAAAGCCAAGCUGGCCGAGCUGGAGACGGCCGGACGCGCCAAGACCAAGGGCGUGAUCACGUCGCUGGAGCUGAAGGUGGCCAACCUGGAGGAGCAGCUGGAGGCGGAGUCCCGCGAGCGGCUCGCGCAGCAGAAGGCGUCGCGCAAGCUCGACAAGAAGAUGAAGGAGCUCGCGCUGCAGCUGGAUGAGGAGCGCAGGCAUGCCGACCAGUACAAGGAGCAGAUCGAGAAGAUGAACAACCGCGUGAAGGCGCUGAAGCGGCAGCUGGACGAGUCGGAGGAGGAGGUCCAGCGGGAGAAGGUCGGCAAGCGGAAGGCGCAGCGCGAGCUCGAGGACCUGCUCGAGACGCACGAGACGCUCGCGCGCGAGUGCUCCAACCUGCGCAACAAGCUGCGAAGGCAAGGCGGCGGUGCGAUCGGGCUGUCGGGCGCGUCGUCGUCGUCGCGCGUCAAGCGCACGUCGCUGGCGCCCGGACACGCGUCCGGCGACGAGUCGUUCGACGACGUCAACGACACCGCCAACAGCCUCGAGUGAGCGCCCCACUGACGAGCGACUGCGCUGCGACUGACCGACGACUGCGCUGCGACUUUUUUUUGGUGGCGAUUUUUAAGCGGGGAUCGUUGUUAUACAAUAAUUGUCCUCUCAAAGCUUGAAGGUUGCGCUAAGAGAAAUUUCAAAUUGUAUUUGUUUAGCAUGAAAUAUUAAAUAAUGUUAAUUGCGAUAAACCGUUUUUAUUAUAUUGUUUAGUAGUUCCGGUAUAGUGGCGUAACGGUUGUUUCUUUUAUAGUUGUCGCGUAAUUAUUUUCAUGUAAAAUUGUUCUGAAAUAUUUCACUUGUUUCGUUACGCCAUUAUUAUUGUUGUAUUUAAAAUUGAUAUUAAAUUAAUUAAGCCGAUUGAAAUUUGACAAUUUAAAGUUUUUUUCUGAAUAAUAAAGAGGUGACCCUCUUUUGACAUUAGCUUCGUUGUGUUACAAACGCAGACAAAAAAAUUAUGUGAAAUUUAUUUAUUUUAUUUAAAUCAGUUGCUCGUCUUGUUGUAUUGUAAACUUAAUGUUAAUAUUAUAUCGAUAGUGUGAGGAAAAUCGUUAUUUACGAUUGAAAUUGCCCCUUAACUAACCUCAGUCGCUUGUAAACUAUUAAAUGUAAUAGUUCGAGACAAGCGGGAGUAAAUGUAUAAUCGAUAUAUAUUUAUAUUUUAAUGUAACAAGCAAUAACAAUUGUAUAUACGUGAUAUUUGAAAUUUUGUACGCCUCAAAAUGAAUUUCUUACUGAUUUGAUCGUGGACUGGUGCUCAAUUUUUAACACUAAAAACCUCAAUACAUUGUGGUAUAGACAAUUCAGGGUUGCCAUAGAUGAAAUUGUUUAUCAAUCUUUUUUUUUGUAAUCUGGUAUUUUUGUAAUGGUAAGGUUUUUGAAAACACACGUUUCAGUCAGUUCAAAUUGGUUCAUCCCAUACCAGUAUUAGUGUCGAAACAUUCCUAAAGUAUCGAGUUAUCACGUCGCGACUUGGUCGGACGAUGUUAAUUGGUAAAUCAUUCUAUGCGUGAUAUUGCGCGGUGGUACUGCGAAAGAUAAUAUUAAAAAUAACAGCACAGAGUUAAAAUAAACGGCCUGCGCUUACAAUUUUUUAAUAAUCUGUGCAAAUCAUGUAUCACUUGUGGCGCCAUCGCGUUUAAUUUUUUUUUGUAAUAAAAAUUCGAUUGUAAAAGUAUUAAUUAUGUGGCAAAUGCUUUUCGGUGUUGCAUUUAUCGCAAUUGAGGUGAAGACUGGUGUUGCGACAAUAUUUUUUAUUCAUCUGACGUUUCGAUUCGAUCGUAUCCCGACGGAGGUUCGGCUCCUCGUGUAUAUAAGUGUGGAGUGUUCCACUGAGCGCUUUGUUGCCAUAAAAUUUUUAAAGCUAGUAGUAAGGAGUCAACGGACGCGUCAGCGAGUGGCCGCAUCGUUUUUUAUUUGUACUUACUAGGGGAUAACCGUCAAAGUGUCGGUCGCUGGCGCGUCGUCGGCGGGUUUUUAAAUUUUCUCUGCUGGCAUCAUCGGUCGUGUAUUUGUAUAGUCGAUGGUGCGAGUUCCUCGACCGAUGGCGGUUGAUAUAUUGUCUAUGCAAACUUGAUGAAUUUUAAAAUGUAACGGCCAAAAAGCCGCCAUCGCUCGAGGAAACGGCGAACAUUUUAUACAUGUGGUAUUAUCACUUACAAGUGUGCGCUAGGACCGCUUGCUUUGUUUAGACUUAGAUAAGACUUAGUUUACAUCGUGGCCUUAGGUUCUCCGCGUGGACGCGCCUGACCGUCACGGACGGACUCUAACCACUAUUUUAUACGAAACAACUUGUAUCUUCGCAUUUUAUACGUUAUUGUACCCCGAGUCUUAAUUUUAAUGACUUCCUCUUUUUUUUAUAAAGUUUUUUUCUGAAUAAUAAUAUAAAUUUAAAUGUAAGUAAACCAUUGAAGCAUAAACAUAUUUUACAUAAAUAUUAUAUUUAAUUAUUAACAAUAUUGAUAAUUGUAAAAUUGGCCAUAGGUUGUAACAAGUUAUCAGUUGGUAUGCCAAUUAAACAAUUUUUCAUGAUUUUUAA